AUGGUUGCACCAUGGUUGAUAGGGGUUGAUUUUAAUGUGAUUUUGAAUGAGGAAGAGAAGAUUGGUGGAUUACCAGUAUUGCCAAAUGAAUAUGAAGAUUUUGCAUUUUGUCUUAAUUCUUGUGAGCUGAUUAAAGCAGGUUUUAAAGGAAGUCCUUUCGCUUGGUGGAAUGAGAGAUUUGAUGGGCAGUGUAUCUUCAAAAGGCUUGAUAGAAAGUUAGUUAAUAACUUGCUGCUGCAAUGGUUUGAUUUCAUAGAAGUGGAUCAUUUAUCUAGGACUGUAUAUUAUCAGAGGAGGAAAAUACAGGUGUUGUUGCUAUCCCAACUAUGGAAGGUCAAACAGGCUGUGUUUGAAUUAUCAGGGGAUAGUGCUAGUAGUCCAGAUAGACUUACUGUUAAGGUGCUCUUUGAGGGUCAGACUUUGCCCAAGUCUAUCACUCAUACCAACCUGGUUUUGUUGCCAAAAAAGAAUGAGGUGGAAAGAUUUUCUGAUAUGAGACCUAUUAGACUUAGUAACUUUAUUAACAAAGUUAUCUCUAGAGUGGUGCAUUACAAGCUGGAGAAGGUCCUACCUAGAUUGAUAUCUGUCAAUCAAUCUAGAUUUGUAAAGGGUGGGAAUAUUAUUGAGAAUGUUUUGUUAACUCAAGAGAUUAUUUCUGACAUAACGUUAAGGGCCAAGCCAGCUAAUGCUCAUGGUUUCUUUCACUCGACUAGAGGAUUUAAACAGGGUGAUCCUCUAUCACCUUCAAUAUUCAUACAGUCUGCUGAAGUGUUAACAGGGGCUCUCAAUGCAUUAUUUGAUGGUCAAGAUUUCAAAGGGUAUGGGAUGCCAAAAUGGAGAGCUAAUCUUAACCAUUUGGCUUAUACAGAUGACACCAUAGUUUUUUCAUCAGCUGAUAAAAAAUCUUUGGGGUUAAUUAUGUCUACAUUGAAGGCUUCUGAAGAUAGGUCUAGUCAGUUGAUUAAUAAGAGAAAGAGUUCAUUUUACAUGCAUGCUAAGGUUUCCAAUGUAUUAGUGCAACAAGCUGAGCAGAUCACUGGUUUUACAAGAGGGAAUUUUCCUUUUAUAUAUUUAGGUUGUCCAAUAACUCAUGCAAGGAAGAAGAAAGCUGAUUAUGCUAACCUUAUUAAGAAGAUCAGAGAUAAAUUGCAAGCUUGA